AUGACUUCUUCUGUUAUUCAUCUUCAUAUAGGUGGAGCUGGAGUAAUGAUAGGGGAUGCCCUAUGGAAACUUUAUGAAAAAGAAGAAUCAGAUACAAAUGUCAAGAGCUACAUUUAUAAUGAAAAUGAGAAUAAUAACUACCCUUUAGCUCUAUUUGUCGAUUCAGAUGAACAAAUGAUAAACAAAGUCAAAAAAAAUUAAUCAAUAAAGUAUAAAUCUACCUCUUUUGUUUCAGGGAAGGAGGACGCAUCAAACAAUUUUUGCAGAGCUUUUAAUGCUGUUGGGAAAUAAUUAAUUGAACAAAGUUUAGAUUAAUUAAGAAAACAAAUAGAAAGUAUUGACAGACUUGAUUAAUUCAUUAUUACUUCUGCUUUAAGUGGUGGAACAGGAUCAGGUUUCGCUGCUUUGCUUUUGGAGAGAAUAUCAAAAGAAUAUGGAAGAAAGACUUAAAAAAAUGCAUUCUUAGUUUAUCCUUCUCAAGAAAUGUCUAAUAAUAUAGUAGAUCUCUAUAAUGUUAUAUACUCCAUUGAUUUAACUUUAGAAGAUUGUCACUCUGUUGUAAUGUUGGAUAAUCAAUCAAUGUAUGAAUCCAUAGAUUCACAGUUUGGUUUGGAUUUUGUUGAUUAUACUCUCUUAAAUAAUUUAAUAUCAUAAUUAAUUAGCUCAUAUACAGGUUUAAGAAGAUUCAGCUAAAUUGAUAAUAAGAAAUUGCUUUCUGGAUUGUGUUCAUAUGAUAGAAUUCAUUAUAUUACUCCUUCUUAUGGACCUUUGGCAACUAUCAAUGACUAAAUCAAAUAUGAAUUAAAUGAAAAAUAACUUAUAUCAUAUAUAACAAAACCAGAAUAAAGGUUAUUUCAAAACAAAAUUAAACCUUACCACCUUAGCGCUGCUUUAGUGCAUCGUUCUAAAGGAGAAAAUUAAUUUUUUGGUUAAUCCGACUAAGCCUUUUAAAAGAUGAAGAUUAGAUAUUAGGAGAGUCCUUAUGUGCUUCAAUGUAUAUCAUAAAAUUACACAGUUAUUCCAGAACUUGCUUAAUUAAAGUAAACAGGUGUAUUUCUUUCAAAUGAUCUUUCUAUGCUUAAUUAUUUGGAAAUAAUUUUAAAGAAAUUUUAUAAAGUCUUUGAUAAAAGAGCUUUUCUUCAUUGGUUUACUGGAGAAGGUGGUGGUUUUGGGUGGGUUCAAGAAUGUAUGAGUAAAUUCGAAUAUUUGAUUGCUGACUAUAAAGAGGUAUAGAUAAAGGACAACGAUAUUGAUUGA